UCGUCCCCUCCUCCCUCGCUGGAGCACACCUGCCUGCUGUUGGCUGCGAGUGUCCACACAGUGAUCAGCUUUUGGCCUGCCACGCUGCAGCUCCACUCCCAUCACCCUGUCUGGAUUUGUGGGUGAACGUCCGUCUUUUUCUUUCCAUUUUCUGCUAAAACUACACAGGUCACUGACAGCAUGAGGCUGGCCUGUCUCACCCUGCUCCUGGUGUCUGUCUGCUGGGCUCUGCCCUUCCGCCAGUCGGGCUUCCUGGACUUCAUGAUGGAGGACGAGGCCGGCUCGGCUGAUCUUCCAGAACUGGGUCCACCCAAAGAAGUUCCACCUGAGGUACCUGUUGGCCCAAUGUGCCCCUUCCGAUGCCAGUGCCAUCUACGCGUGGUGCAGUGCUCUGAUCUGGGGAUGAAGAAUGUUCCAGAGGAGAUCCCUGCAGACACCACGCUGCUGGACCUGCAGAACAACAAGAUCAGCGAGAUCAGAGAGAACGACUUCAAAGGACUUAAAGGGCUUCAUGCUCUCAUUCUGGUAAACAACAAGAUCACCAUCAUUCAUGCCAAGGCCUUUGCUCCACUGGUCAACCUCCAGAGGCUUUACCUUUCCAAGAACCAGCUGAAGGAAGUUCCUGCUAACAUCCCUAAGAGCCUUCAGGAACUGCGGAUCCACGAGAACCAGAUCAGCAAGAUCAAGAAGGCUUCCUUCGCUGGGAUGGGACAGGUCAUUGUGAUGGAGCUUGGUUCCAAUCCUCUGACCAGUUCGGGAGUGGACGGAGGGGCUUUCGCAGAUCUCAAGAGGGUCUCCUACAUCCGCAUCGCUGACACCAACAUCACCAAUAUCCCCAAAGGGCUGCCCAGCUCUCUGUCAGAGCUUCACCUGGAUGGAAACAAAAUCACCAAAGUCACCACUGAAAGCCUGAAAGGCCUCAAGAACCUCGCCAAGCUGGGCUUGAGCCAUAAUGAGAUCAGUGUUGUUGAGAACGGUUCUCUGGCUAAUGUUCCUCACUUGAGGGAGCUCCACCUGGACCACAACGCUCUGACCACUGUGCCUGGUGGCUUGCCCGAGCACAAGUACAUCCAGGUGAUCUACCUCCACUCCAACAAGAUAUCUGUUGUUGGAACAGAGGAUUUCUGUCCCCCGAGCUACAACACGAAGAAGGCCAUGUACUCCGGCAUCAGCCUGUUCAGCAACCCCGUGCCUUACUGGGAGGUUCAACCAAUCACCUUCCGCUGCGUCUUCGACCGCUCCGCCAUUCAGCUGGGCAACUACAGGAAGAAGUAGAGCGUCCAAUCAGAGUGCCUGAUCACUGUUCUUGUCCCACCCUCUUGCCAACAGCACAUCGAGUGUGUAACUCAAUUCGAAUGUCUUCUUAACUCAGCUGACUCAAAAACGUGGGUACACUUACGUGACGAUGAAAGCAUAAAAAGCGAAAAUUCAGUUAUUCAGUAACUCAGUAACUCAGCAAUUCAGUAAAUUUCCUGAAAUUCAUCGACAAUAGUGGCCAGUACCAACCUCUCCAAAAUCAUUCAUAACAAAUCAAUGUUACAAAUAAUUUUGCAUGAUUUCCAUUCCAUUGUUUUUCUUCUAUACUGUGCAUCUAUACAUCACCCAAACAGUGCAUUUAUUCCUGCAUCUCAUGCAUUUAUGUCAUGCAUCUACUCAAAAGCCAUGACCACUUCAAAAUGACCAAGUGCACAUAAAUAUUUUUCGUAGCCCCUUGACUUAGACAGCAGAACAAGAUGAUUGAGAACAUGAUUAAAUGAGAAGGUUUCAUAUAUAAAUAUAUAAAUAUACAUUAAAAUAUAUAAAUAAAUAUAUAUAAAGAAGAUCCAUUCCUGGCCUUCGUGGAUCUUCAGGGACGUAAGCCUUCGUUUCGUGAGCCUAAACUCUUAAGCUGAACUCAUCGGAUGACUAAUUCAGCCUGCUGAGCGGGCAGUGAAGGGUCAGCUAAAACUAAAGCUGGAUUCCUAGGUGUACUCAGCUUUUAUUAUUUUCAUUAUUAGCUAUUAAUUAUUACCUGUGCAGCAGCACCAGCAGCAGCAGCAGUAGUAGUAGUGUAGUUCACGUUGUACUGCUAAAAAAACGUUGUCGUAACACGUAAUCACAUUUUUCACAUUCUUCACAUUCUUCACAUUUUUCACAUUUUUCACUUUUUUUUUUUCAAAUUUCUCCUCACACAGCGUAUACAAUUCAAAUUAGGGAAAAAUUAAGGAAUUGCAUUAUAUAUUAAUAUUAUAUAUUUCCUCCUCUUGCUUCAGAUGUGGUUUUUUUAUUAUUUUCAUUGUCCACUUUCCUUUGUCUUGUCGCAUUUUAUCUCAUUUGUGUUUUUUUUUUUUUUUUAAUUUCUCCCAUCAUUCUAAACUCCCACUGCCAUGUAACAUAGGAUAGACAAUGCAGCCGAGGUGAACAUAGCUCUUCAAGAAUAUAGAAUAAACUAUAUUGUCUUUUUAAUGGAAGAAAUUCCCAAGGACCUGUACUUUGCUUGCUUUUUUUCCAUUAUUUUUAUUUUUUGUUGUUAAAAAAAGGGUGGUGUGUUAAGUGCCAUGCUAUAUGUGAUAUGUGUAUGUCUUUAUUUUUGGGAAUUCUUCUUUUUUCUUCUUCUUCUUCUUCUUCUUUCUGCUUCUUCUCCCUCUGUUUUUGGCUUUGUAGUCUGAAGAGGAGGAGUGGAUGGAGCUCGUGGCCGAACGUAAACCCGCUCUGUCAUGUUAGUGAUUGUCUCAUGUAUAGAAGCUGUACAUAAAUGCUGUAUAAAAAAAACCUCCCUCUCCUUUGCUUAAAGCACAAGCACUUACAGUAGUAGUUCAGACCUUAAUAUAUCAGCAAUAAAGGUGACCUCUUUCUCGAGAAGAGGCUCAUGAUCCAAACCAAAUAAAGAGUCAAAUCUGAGGAUACACACUCUGUGGGGGCUUCCAGCAAAAA